AUGUGGAGGAAUCCACAGAAGUUAUUAGUGCAUAGCAGGUUUUUUAGCAAUUCAUCAACCCGCCAAUCCUACUUAUUGAGCCAAAGGCGUUUCACCAGAUUACCUUAUUGUCUAGUAAGAAAUAAAUCAACAACCUCCCGUAAAAUGAAGACGGAACGGGACGAACUCAUAGAGAUCAUAGAUGAUGAUUCCCUGGAAGAAAUCGAAGGGCCUAUUUAUGAUGCAUGGGACACAAGCGGUGAUGAUGAGAUAUUGAUGCAUGUUGCUGACCUUGAAAAACUCAAUUCAAGAUACACCAUCCAACAAGAUAAUUGGAAGAAACAACAUCAGCACUCAAAAUUGCCUCCAGCAGAAUAUGCUAAGAAACCUGCAGGGAAAGCUAUUACUACUACUUUUCUCCCUCAGAAACCAAUGGUAAAAUCUGAGCCCAAUAGAAUCCCUUUGAAAGAGCAGUUGACGUCUCUGAAUAAGAAUGUUUUUGAAGAUAAACCUUUUGGCGACAGAAAACAUUUUCUGUCAUCUAUCGUACCCGAAGACACCAUGGAUGAUUUAUAUGAACUGGAACAACAACAGAUAAAUGAGGAACUAGACCAAACUCAGACUCUUGAUAAAGAGAUUACUCCUGAUGAAAAUCCCAAACCAAGACAUUCCCAUCAUCGUCAGUUAACUUUUUUAACCCAACAACAAUCAAUGAACGAAUACAUUUCAAACGACUCCAGAGAAUCGAGUGUGACACCUGAGGUUGCUCGUAAGAAAGUGCGUGCUAUCACUCUUUCCGAGGAGCAAGAGCAUGUUAUUGAAUUAGCGAGAAGGAAAUUGAAUAUUUUUUAUACCGGAAGCGCAGGUACUGGUAAAUCAGUUCUACUACGAGAGUUAAUAAAAACUUUAAAAACUAUGUACGGAACUAGCGGAGCAGUUGCCGUUACUGCGUCCACUGGACUUGCUGCUUGUAACAUUGGUGGUAUUACUUUACACUCAUUCGCAGGUAUAGGUCUUGGAGUUGGUGACGAAGCAAUGCUUUUAAAGAAAGUUAGAAGAUCAGCAAAACAUAGAGAACGUUGGAAGAAUAUCAAAGCAUUAGUGAUAGACGAAAUUUCAAUGAUCGACGGAAAAUUACUAGAUAAAUUAGAUGGAAUUGCUAAAACUCUUAGAAGGUCGAGCAAACCAUUCGGGGGAAUUCAAAUAAUUCUGUGUGGUGAUUUUUUCCAAUUACCACCAGUUACAAAAGGCGAUCAACAGAUUAAUUUUGCCUUUCAAUCUUAUUCAUGGAGGACAGCUAUUGAUGCUACCAUUAUCCUUCAAAAAGUUUUUAGACAACAAGGUGAUCAUCGUUUUGUUGAAAUGUUAAAUGAAAUGAGAAUGGGUGUCAUUUCGGACCGAACAUUGAAGGAGUUUGCUGAACUAUCUCGUCCAUUACCAAAUGACGAAAUUGUUCCAGCAGAGCUAUUCAGUACCAGAGCAGAGGUAGACAAUGCGAAUUAUUCAAGACUUAAAACACUUCCUGGUGAGACAAUGACUUAUGAAGCAUCGGAUGGUGGUGUUAUCGACAACGUAGAGUUAAGAAGGAAACUGCUAGACAACUUCUUAGCUCCAAAAAAACUGGAAUUGAAAGUUGGUGCUCAAGUUAUGAAUAUUAAAAACAUUGAUGCCACUCUCGUAAAUGGGAGUUUGGGAAAAGUUCUUGCAUUCCUAGAUUCGGACACCUUCGCUUUUUUGAAAGGACCUUUUAACUCAAACAAGAUUCUGAAUGACGAGGAUGUUGAAAAGCUCACUGAGAAUCCCGAUUCAGAAGAAUAUUGGAGUGAAGAAGAAGAACUUACCGCUAAACAGUCCAAACAGAAAAAGAAAGAGAUGGAACUAGAAAAGAAUUUCAUGAAAGAUCAACAAGAGCGCAUUCAAAUUGAAUCUCCACUCAGUGAGACAAUAUUCGACUUUUUCAUAACGGAGACAGAUUCCAUGAGUAGUCGUAUAAAGGCCAAUGUGGAACGGAAGAAAGAAAUUGUACGGAAUUUACACAAGAAGGCAAGAGGAGCGAAAUUGCCCUUAGUUCAAUUCUUCACUCCUUCUGGCGACGCCAGGAUUGUUCUCGUUCGACCAGAGACUUGGGCGAUGGAGGAUGAAAAGGAUGUUCCAUUGGUCUCAAGAACUCAAUUACCAUUGAUUUUGGCGUGGUCACUAUCGAUUCAUAAGUCACAAGGUCAAACGCUUUCCAAAGUUAAAGUAGAUUUGAAGAGAGUUUUUGAAAAAGGUCAAGCUUAUGUGGCACUCUCAAGAGCAGUUUCUAGAACAGGUCUACAAGUCCUCAACUUCGAUCGAACAAAAGUAAAGGCGCAUGACAUUGUUGUAAAUUUCUAUGAAAGCUUGUCGUCUGCAAAGUCAGUAAUGAAUGAGCUAAAUCAAAAAAAAACAACAGACCAUACAAAGGCUACGGAUAGCAAAACUGUGUCCACAGCAUCGGAAUCAGAGUCACGUCCUCCACAGAAAAGAAACCUGGAAACAAUGCUACUGAAUAGAAUGAGGCAGGUGAAGAAAAAAUCUUGGAAUGAAGUUCCAACGAAUACAGUCGUCGAUCUGGCAUAUGAUACUGUUCCUGAACAUACCUUAUCACAGGAAAAUUAA